AUGACAAAUGCCAUUGUGGUCGUUGGCGCCGGUGUGAGUGGUCUCACCACGGCGCUCUUGUUGUCCAAGAGCAACGCCAACGUGGUGACGAUUAUUGCGAAGCAUAUGCCUGGAGACUAUGAUAUUGAGUACGCGUCUCCGUGGGCGGGAGCAAACUUUUUGCCUAUGUCAACUAGAGAGAACAGCCGGUGGGAGAGACGAACCUGGCCCGAAAUAAAACGGAUCACGGAAGAGGUCCCUGAAGCCGGCAUCCAUUUCCAAACGUCACGCAUUUUCAGACGAGACAAAGACAUGGAAGGCCCAUCGUGCCCGUCGGACCCCAUGUUUGACCAUGACCCGUGGUUUCAGUCCGUCCUUCCGGAUUAUAAGGAACUAGACGCCGCAAGCCUCCCGGCCGGGCACGACAGCGGCUGCGAAUUCACCAGCGUGUGUAUCAACACGGCCAUGUACCUCCAAUGGCUAGUAGGACAGUGCAUCAAAAAUGGCGUCGUGUUGAAACGCGCCGUCAUAUCACACAUCCGCGAGGCCAAGAACUACAGCCAUACCGGCAAACCCGCAGACAUCAUCGUGAACGCGACCGGCCUGGGCUCCCUCAAGCUCGGCGGCGUCGAGGACCAGGCCAUGGCUCCAUCGCGGGGCCAGAUCAUCCUCGUCCGCAACGAACUGCACCCCAUGAUCACCACGUCCGGCACAGAAGAAGGUCUCCCCGAGAUCCUGUACACGAUGCAGCGCCCCGCGGGUGGUGGCACCAUUCUAGGGGGAACCUAUGACAUUGGCAACUGGGAGUCUGUGCCGGACCCCAACAUCGCGCUGCGCAUAAUGCGUCGCGUGGUGGAAGUGUGUCCCGAAAUUGCGGGCGGCAAGGGCAUCGACGGCCUGAGUGUCAUCAGGCACGGUGCCGGUUUGAGGCCGUAUAGGAAGACGGGCGUCCGGGUAGAAAGAGGGAAACUGGACGAUGGGACUCACAUUGUUCACAACUACGGACACGCGGGUUGGGGUUAUCAGGGUUCGUAUGGAUGUGCCGAGGGCGUGGUCGAGUUGGUGAACGCAAUCAGAGAGGAGAACGGGGAGAGUCUAGUGACGGAGCCCAAGCUCUUUUCGUGGGAUAAUUGA